UUAUAUAUAUGUAUAGUUUAAAUAUGAUAAAAAAAGUGAAAAUGAUUAAUAUAUAUAAUAUGAUAUUGUAUUUUCUAUUAUUUUGUAUUCAAUUUUUUUCUAAUGCAGAAUUAUUAUCAUCAUCUUGGAAUUUAACUUCAGUGAAUUUAGACGACGAUGCUCUUAUUUGGAGAUUCACUAUUUGGAGGGACAGAGCUUUUCUAGCUAUUCCCAGACGAAAAAACGACAUAAAAAAUAAACGAUAUACACUAGUGGAAGCACCUUGGCCAGAAAUAAGUGAAGAUGAAAGAAAUUUUGCUUUACGACCUUUUCCUAAUUCGAAUUCUCAAUCGAAUAUUGAUAAUUGUUUUCGAUCUCUUCGAUGCGUGGUAGCAUUAGAUAUCGACUCAAAAGGACGUCUAUGGGUUUUAGAUGUACCAACAGAAAAAAGAUGUUCGCCAAAAAUAAUUAUUUAUCACUUAUUAAGGAACAAUCAAGAGCUUAAAAGAAUAGAAUUAUCGAACGUCUCUACUGCAAAUUUAAGAUCCCUUGUCACUUAUACUGACUCCUAUGACACAAGGGCUUACAUUGGGGACCCUGGAGAUGAAUCUAUCAUUGUAUACAGUCUAGAACAUCAACGAUGGUGGAGAAUUAAAUUGGAACACGAUUCAUAUAUACCAAAAGUAUACAGUUCCGAUUUAGCAAUUUGUUGUAAAAGUUCACUUCUAUAUUUUACCGGCUAUCCCAGUCAUGAUCUUUUUAGUCUCAAUUUAGAAGAUCUUCAAGAAAUGGAAGAAUCAACGGAGAAAAUAAUUAAAUCAGCAAAUAUUUCCUGGCACGGGAAAAAACUUGGUUCAUCAUCAGGAUUAUUUUGUGAUAAAAAACAAGGACUUCACUAUUUUAUGAUAAAUGAUAAAGCAAGCGUUCGUUGGGACUCUAAUUUGGAAUUAACGGCCGAGAAUCAUCUCGUUCUUCUCCAAACUGAAGAUGUACCCUACAUCACUCACUAUGCGGCAGAUUCACAAAAACACGUGUGGGGAUUAUCAAAUGUCUGGUUUCCUUUUCAAGAAGAGAGUUAUAACGAUUUUGACACAAAACUCAAGACAAGAACAAUCAAGGUUUUCAACUACAGUCAAUAUUCCUAAAUUCUAUACAUUUACACUGGAAAAUUUAAUUUCAUAAUUAUAAACUUAAUUAUAAUUUAAUUAAAAUCCUAAAUUUCGAAUAUUAA